UACUUUAAUCUAGCGCCGUUUACAGAGGCAAAACGGUCCGAGCGGGAUGUAGAUAACGGAGGCCGUGUGUCCCUUUCUAACACUUGCCAGACUAAAAAAACAUGGUAGUUAGUAGAAAACAUGGGUAGAAAAUUAUAAUUAUAAUUUCGUAAAUUAAUGAAUUAUUAAUCAGACGCAAAGUGUAAAUUACUUAAUACAUUAAAGUUCGUAAAUGACUAAAUAUUCCGUAACAAUAAAUCGUAACUAUUAUUUAAAAUUAGAUCAUUUAAAAUUACUUGGAAGUAUAAUUUUUGAUUAGGCUGUUAACACUACGAAUGUGUCAUGGCGAUUCGGCAAGUACCUAAUGUUGAUUUCCGUGUUCACAUUAUUUUCAAAUUACCAUCAGUUUAUGCCUAUUUACUUCAAAAUGGUGAAAAAAUGUUGUGUAAAAUUUUGUAAAAGUGAAUCUUAUGCAGGUUGUGGGAUAUCGUUUCACAGUUUUCCUAAAGAUGGAGAAAUGAAACAAAAGUGGAUAGAUGUUAUUACAACGUCGCAAAAAAUAACGAAAAACUCCGUUGUCUGUAGCCGUCACUUCAAAAAAGAAGACUUUUAUGAAGCUAACUCGCGACAGCUAUUAAAAGUAGAUGUAAUACCAUUUGUGUUUCCAUCGAAUACCGAUCAAGCGUCCAGGGUUGAAAAUUUCUCAUCAUCAAAAUUUACACAAGAUGGUACGGAACCGUCUUCAUCCCGUACCUGGAAGCGAAGAAGAACUGAUGAUGAUGAUGAGUCUACUUUGUCGAACGUUGAAAGUCUGAGUGGACUCUCAGAUGCUGAAUCACCAGGCCCGCAAUUUUCAUGGCAGCAAUCGACCAACCUCAUUGAAGGCGACAAUUCAGAUGGUGAAUCCGAAUCAUCAGACCCGCAGUUUUCAUGUGAGCAAUCGACACGACUCACUGACGGCGACCAUCCAGAUGAAAAUAAAGAAAACGAGUAUGUAAGGGAAAAACAUGAAGGUUUUACAUGUGACCACUGCUUAGGAGAAAUAAUAGGUUUCAGAUACACUUGCAUACAAUGUGACAACUACGACUUGUGCGGCGAGUGCGAGAGCAAAUUGGUGCAUCCGCUGCAUUACAUACUGCGCGUGAGCACGCCGAAGCCUUAUCAUGAAAUUAAACGCAUCAUAGACGCAGUAAGACUGAAAAUAAUCGCAUUAGAGGAAGCUGCGAACCACCAUGGAGAUAAUUUCGACGACGUAGUAAUAAAGAAAGAAGAGGAUCCCUUCGAAAGAGAGACGAACGAGCCAUUAGAACUACAACCAGAGACAAAUGAAGAUGUAACUGCGGGGGCGGAACAGCCAGAGACAAGUAGAAUAUCUGAUCGUGAAGUACCAACUAAUUCUAUGCCGAAACAAUUUAUAACUGAGACUGGUUCUUUACAAACUAAUUUUGGAGUGAACACUAGGGUUUUGGAAAACCAGAGUAUGCAUAGAACGCAAAGUAAAUCAAAUGAAGAUCUAGAAGAUUCCAAUAUAAGUGAAAAUAUCGAUUUUGAAGAAGAAACGUGGCUGGAUGAGUCGCUUCUUGAAAGUGACGAAUUCGACACAAGUUGGGUUACUCCGAAGGACCAAGGACAUAUUGAUUUAGGUGACAGAAUCACCUUGACCACAUCUCUGAGAGGAGUUUCUAGAAGAAAGCAAUUGAAAACUACUGGAAAGAAACCGGUGGGAAGAAGAAAAAAGAAACGAAACUAAAAUAUAAAGAGUACAAUAGAUGGCUGUGAUAACAUUUUAAU